CGAUACUAUCGUGAGAGGUGCCCCAGCUCUAGACGUUACAUCAUGUGCAUUUUAGACUAAAAAUUUAAUAAUAUUAACUAAAUUCUGGGAAAUUGCCGCAUCGCUUGACGCCGGAAAUGCACGGUUGCUGGAAGGUCGAUUCACGCUGUCCACGCAUUUCCACGUCCACUUCCAUUUGAGAACGCAGCAGCCGAGAGCGGGGCAGCGCGAGCAGACCAGCCGGAGGCGAGAAAAUAAAUACAAAUAUAAAACAAAUACAAAUAUGAGCGAGAGCAGCAACAACCAGUUUUGUGACGUUGUUUUUUGAGCAAGACCCCAAAAUAUAUAACACACACGAGACAGUCAUUUGAGUUUUGAGUUCUUUGGCGGAGGAGGAGCGUGUUUCCGAGACCGAUCCCUAGGCUGCAUACCUUUUGUUUUGUAUCGCAAUUCUCUUCUUCCCCACAAACCAACCCAAAUCCGUGAACCGACCGCCAACCAACCGAACCUUGGACCGGAUCCCGAAAUGGCGGCCUACCUGAACCGCACCAUCUCGCUGGUCACCGGGCAAACGGGCCCCGCCGCCGACGACGACCGCCACUCCUCGUCGACGGACACGGUGGACAAAUCCUCGCCCGGAUCCCCCCUGGCCCGGCUCAACUCGUCGCUGCAACCGUCGGGCUCCACGACGGCCGCCAACCUGCUCCCCGAAUCGCGGCUCUACCAAUCCAACGACAAAUCGCCGCUCCAGAUAUUCGUGCGCGCCAAGAAGAAGAUCAACGACAUCUACGGGGAGAUCGAGGAGUACGUCCACGAGACGACCACGUUCAUCAACGCCUUGCAUGCGGAGGCAGAGAUCGUGGACAAGGCGGAGCGCGAGCUGUUCGAGAGCUAUGUGUACAAGGUGGCCGCCAUCCGCGAGGUCCUGCAGCGGGACCACAUGAAGGUGGCCUUCUUCGGGCGCACCUCCAACGGCAAGAGCUCGGUGAUCAACGCCAUGCUGCGCGAGAAGAUCCUGCCCAGCGGCAUCGGGCACACCACCAACUGCUUCUGCCAGGUGGAGGGCAGCAAUGGCGGCGAGGCGUACCUGAUGAAGGAGGGGUCCGACGAGAAGCUCAAUGUGGUGAACAUCAAGCAACUGGCCAACGCUCUGUGCCAGGAGAAGCUCUGCGAGAGCAGCCUGGUGCGCAUCUUCUGGCCCAGGGAACGCUGCAGCCUGCUGCGCGACGAUGUCGUCUUUGUGGACUCACCCGGCGUGGAUGUGUCGGCCAAUCUGGACGACUGGAUCGACAACCAUUGCCUCAACGCCGACGUCUUUGUGCUGGUCCUCAACGCCGAGUCGACGAUGACGCGCGCCGAGAAGCAGUUCUUUCACACCGUCUCCCAGAAGCUGAGCAAGCCGAACAUCUUCAUCCUUAACAACCGCUGGGACGCCUCGGCCAACGAGCCCGAGUGCCAGGAGUCGGUUAAGUCCCAGCACACGGAGCGCUGCAUCGACUUCCUCACCAAGGAGCUGAAGGUGAGCAACGAGAAGGAGGCCGCAGAGCGGGUGUUCUUCGUCUCCGCCCGGGAGACGCUGCAGGCGCGCAUCGAGGAGGCCAAGGGCAACCCGCCGCAUAUGGGCGCCAUUGCCGAGGGAUUCCAGAUGCGCUACUUUGAGUUCCAGGACUUCGAGCGCAAGUUCGAGGAGUGCAUCUCGCAGAGUGCCGUGAAGACCAAGUUCCAGCAGCACAGCUCGCGCGGCAAGAGCGUCUCGGGGGAAAUGAAGUCGAUGCUGGACAACAUCUACGAGCGGAUCACCAUUUUCCGCAACCUGAAGCAGGACCAAAAGAACAUGCUCACCGAACGCAUCCAGGGCACCGAGACGCAAAUGAUGCAGGUCACCCGCGAGAUGAAAAUGAAGAUCCACAACAUGGUCGAGGAGGUGGAGGAGAAGGUGUCGAAGGCCCUCAACGAGGAGAUCUGGCGCCUGGGCGUGCUCAUCGACGAGUUCAACAUGCCCUUCCACCCCGAGCGCCUGGUCCUCAACAUCUACAAGAAGGAGCUCAACGCGCACGUGGAGAGCGGCCUGGGCAGCAAUCUGCGCGCCCGCCUUUCCAUGGCGCUGGCCAUGAACGUGGAGUCCGCCCAGACGGAGAUGACCGACCGCAUGCACGCGCUGGUGCCCAACGAGCAGCUGCUGGCCACCAGCACCAAGAUGGUGGUGCGCACGCAGCCCUUCGAGAUGCUCUACUCGCUGAACUGCCAGAACCUCUGCGCCGACUUCCAGGAGGAUCUGGAGUUCAAGUUCAGCUGGGGCAUUGCGGCGAUGAUCCAGCGCUUCACCGGCAAGGUGCGCGAGCGCAGCAAGAAGGGUCAGCCGGCGCUGGUCAACCGACAGAGCAGUAUUGGACACAGCGUAUCGACGCCCGCCACCACCCCCGUGGAGGCCACGCCCGUGUGCCUGCUGCCCGCUCCCGGCGUGGCCGGCAUCACGCCCGAGCAGCUGUCGCUGAUCUCCCGCUUCGCGGUGUCCUCCAUCGGGUCGCAGGGCACCGUGGGCGGCCUCGUCGUCGCCGGCAUCAUGCUGAAAACGAUCGGCUGGCGCGUCCUGGUGGGCGUGGGCGCCCUCUACGGCUGCAUCUACCUGUACGAGCGCCUCUCGUGGACCAACUCGGCCAAGGAGCGCGCCUUCAAGGGGCAGUACGUGCGGCACGCCACCAAGAAGCUCAAGAUGAUCGUGGACCUCACCUCGGCCAACUGCAGCCACCAGGUGCAGCAGGAGCUGUCCAGCACCUUCGCGCGCUUGUGCCGCACCGUCGACACCGCCACCACGGACAUGAACGACGAGCUCAAGACGCUGGACUCGCAGCUCAACGUGCUGGAGGCGAACCAGAAGCAGCUGAAGCUGCUCCGCAACAAGGCCAACUACAUACAGAACGAGCUGGACAUCUUCGAGCAUAACUAUAUAUCGCCGCAGUAGGGGCAGCGAGUGGCGGACACUGGCGGGAGCGCUGGAGCAUCCUGGGGGCGAGGAGCCAAUUGACCACGUUUUGUUGCUCAACUCUCAGUUCCCUUCCCCCUUUUUUUUUGUAAAUGCAUGAUUUGGCCAAUGUUUUGGCGCACUUUACUCGCUUCGUUUAACGCAUUGUUGUUGUUGCUGAGCACUAUUUUAAUUCUAAUUAUUUGAUUUUUUGUAAUUGUUGACCCGCCCCAAGGCAUCCGAAGAGGAGUAUCUACCGAACCCACUGUGAGCAUGGCCGGGAGCCAUGGAAAACCAAGUUAGGACGAGCUAUCAGCUUCGGCACGCCCUGCAGAGCGAAGACCACUUAUUACCCUACCUUCUAAUAGAAAGUCUUGUAAUUUACGUAUUGUUUUGAAUUGGAAGCGAGAUGCUGGACGCUAGAACAAUGAAACGGCUCGUUUGGGCUCUUCAAACACCAUAUAUAAGUAGUUGUUGCUGCCGCAAGGCAGGUGAAUGAGUCACGAACGAAAACGAAACGAAAUAAAAGGUAUUUGUGUAAGAAA